AUGGCGAACGACGACGAGCAGCAAGCGAACACGGUGGAGCUGCACCCAAAGCGCACCACAUCGUUCGCCAGGCGUCGAAAAAAGAAGUCUCCGGUGCAGUAUGAUCUCGCGACGCGCAUCGCGAUGGAGCGCGAAAAGACCAAGUAUUGGGCUCGGAUCCUUCUGCUGUUCCCGCUGGUGCCAGUGUUGUUGGCACUCAUGACCAUCGUCUUCGGUGGGGUGAUCAUCAACGUGGCGACAAACGAUUGCAACGCCGACCUUAUGAGAUUCGUGCAGGGCGCGGUGGUGCUCAGCCAUGUCCUCGUGUGGUUCUACACGUACUGCUGGAUGGGGCCAUGGCCGAUCAAGAGUCUGCGUACCGUGCGUGUCUUCUACCUGGUGUACGGCAUCGUGUGCGUGGCCUGGUGGGGCCUCUACGGCACGCUCCAAGCUGUCACAGCCACGAGCUCUGGGUUCGAAUCGUGUCUGUCCAUGUCGCCGACGCUGUACACCUUCUCGCAGUACGAGGUGGCUGCAUUCUGGGUUGUGUUCUUCGCCGCUUUCGCCUUCUUCGUGAGUGAAAAAACAGCGCGAAUGCGUCAAGACAAGCUCGACCAGUGGACGAACAAGAAGGAGAAUACCAAGCGCGCAAAGGAGCAACAAGAGCAAGAGAUGCGCGACCGCGUGCUCCAAGAUGCACAGGAGGAGGCACGAAAACUCGAGGAGGAGCAACGUCAGAGGAUCGCGGCGGAACAGCAAAAACUCAACGGCAGCGACGACGAAGAAGGCGGAGAACUUGAUGAGAAUGAACAAGACCUCGACGGAAUCAACGAGUACGGCAACAACGACGAUGGCGACGAGCAACAACAAGAAGAAGAAGACGACGGCGAUGAGGAGCAAGGAGAAGCAGUGUAG